GCGUCUCCUGUUUUGAGGAAGUAGCCGCUUGCUAGCUACUAGCAUCGAGGAAGUUCGUCGGCUAACAUGUUCUCAUUGUACGCCUGAUCGGUAAGGAAUAAUCCCGUCACCCAUAAUGAAGUUAAACGACGCCAAGCAAGUUGUAACGGCGAUUGAACGCGAAAAUGGAAUCGCGAAAAGGGAGCCAAGAGCUGUUCCUCUUUAUUUAGCUUGAGUUAGCUCGCGAGGCUAACGCCGCCUCUUGUUGUUGUCAUGAAUUGACACAUUGACGGGAGUCACAACGUUACUCAUUUGCUGGCUCACUAAUCCGCGUUAAAACAUUCAAGGUCAAGGGAAUGGCAGUGUGUGCACUGACCAUGCUGGAUGGGAUGGGUGGUGAGGCCACAGCGGCGGGUGGCGCCCUGCUGGUGGCCCUGGCGUUGGUGCUGGCCUGGCUCUCCACACACGUGGCAGAGCGCGGGGAUCACAUCCUGGGCACAAUCCUGACGGCAGGCGCCCACGCCUCACUCAUCGGCGUGAGCGGGGACGCGGGCGGCGACGUCCAGGUUGAUGCUCCCGAGCAGACCGGCGCCGCCCCUCCCUCGCCGGAGAACAAGCCAGACGACGGUGAGGUGGAUGAGGGGGCUCUGCCCGAGGACACUGAUCUUUUGCUGGACAUUCAGAGCAAAGCACCCCCGGGGGGAAGAAUUCAUGCUUCGGACGAGGAGGAAGACGAGGAUUACGGCGAAGACGUAGAGAGAGAGCAGGGAUGUAAAAAGGCGUUGUCAGCUGUGCCGUCCUUUUGUGUGCGACUCAAGUUUUUAAACGACACUGAAGAAGUGGCGGUCGUCAAGCCUCACCAUACUGUGGACCAACUCAAAAGUAAGUACUUCUCUGGGCGUGAGCAUCAGAUCAAGCUGAUCUAUCAAGGCCAACUCCUGCAGGACUCCAAGAGGACUCUGCUGUCCCUGAACGUGACUCACAACAGCGUCAUCCACUGCCACGUCUCGCAGGCCCCGCAAGACGGCACCCCAGAAGCGGGGGCGGCGGGUUCCCCCCAGGGGGCGUCGGAUGUCUCCGGGGGCCUGCGGGCGGCUGGUGUGGCCAUCAGCACGGGCAGCCUGGUGGUGCCCGUGUUCGUGGUGAUCCUGGCUGUGGUUUGGUACUUCCGCAUCAACUACCGCCAGUUCUUCACCGCGCCCGCCACCAUCUCCCUGGUGGGUGUCACCAUCUUCUUCAGCUUCCUCAUCUUUGGUAUGCACAGCCGCUGAAGAAACUCAUUAGCAUGUGACACUUACGCGACCUCCACCAAGGCCCUGAAACUCCCAUAUUUGGAUCAUCCACAUGCUGAAAACCAAAGAAAAAAAAAAAAAAGCAAGCAGUCCACCUACCUGCGUUUGACACGCUUUUCUCUCCAGCUGCGCCUUUCUCUGCCAUAAAACAUCACUGGGACUCAGUGGGACGCUUUUUGCCUAAUCCUGCUAACACGCUAACAAAUGGCAACAAAGACAAAUCUCCUUGGAGGAGGUUAAAAAAAAACUGAUCACAACUGAGCUUGAUCACAAACUUUAGCUUGAUCACAAAGUUUGUGAUCAAGCUUUCUUUUCGGCUCUCCGAUGUCUAAGGCUGUGUUUCCUUGUCAAUUAUUCACGCUGAACAUUUUUUCUGUGGUGUGUAGAAAUUAAUUUAAAGGCGGAGAUACUGUAUUGUGAUAGUAGACCUGGCCUGGUGUCUUUUGUGUACAAUAUUGUGUAUUUAGUGUAAAUAAAAUGAAUGAAUGAAACAAAUGAAUCUGGCACUUAGGAGAACAU